CAAAAACAAGACGCGCAUUGUUGAAGUUGGGGCCCAGGGUAGAACCAUAGACGCUUUUGUUCGGGUCUCCCCGUUCUUGCGAUGGCCUGCUGUCGAUCAAGAUGCAAGCGUCCGCCCCCAUCGGCCCUUUCACUGCUGCAGCUGGCCGCAUCUCGCUACUCACCGUAUGCUCACUGCAAUCUGUGCUGGAGAGGCCGACGGCGAAGGAGCUACACCUUCAGUAUUAAACCCGGCCUAUGAAACGCUUAUGACGCUCGCCGCCGCCAAAGAAAAGAAAUAACACGAGGUAAGUUUGAACGUACUGUGAUGUGUAAUUUCAAUACAUUCUGACUAUGUAGUUUUACAUAUUAAGAUCCGCGAUGGUUAAAUGCGCGGUCGAUUUCGAAAAGCGGCAUGUUUGCGGAAGUGACCGCGCGGUCCACGAUUAGCCGCCUCUGUUAUUUUCCUAUACAUGUCAUGUGUUUUCAAAACUAUACUUUACUCUCACGUACAUUUUGUCGACACGUUAAAUGCUUGGAAAAGUCGAAGAUGCUGUUUGGGUUGGCCGUAAACGAUGGGAAGUUGACUAGCCAAGCGGACCCGUAUGAAAAAAAUCAAAAUGGCUUCCAUCUUUGUCGUCUCGGCAGAAGGGUUUAUACCUUUGUUUCUCCGUCUCACGUGUCAGGGAGCCUGUGAGUAAUUCCCUUUUUAUAUUUAUGCAGUGGAUUAUUGUGCAACGAACCUUCGUAUUAAGAGUGGGUUGCUUAUUUUACUGGUUUUUAUUUAUUUUGUUACUUACCCAGUAGCGCACUUUUUGACCACGUCAGUGCGGUGGGGGAGGGGAAGUGAGUCUGGCUGGGUGGAGCCUGUAUGAGCAAUGAUACAUUCACUGUGGAUGAAUGACCAAAUGCUGUAAGUUUGAUUUAGUUUAGACCACAGCUACUAGAAGAAUUGCAUAGUCUAGCACUGACAAUUUUAGUUUAAUUUUCUUUGAUGAUCACAUGUUGCAUUAAAUAAAUGAGUUAUACAAAUGGUCACAUGGAGAUCUGCACAACUUGUAAUAAUUGAAUGCAGUGCUGGUAUGAUGGUUGUAGUUUUAGUUGCAGUGGAUGUGUGUCAGCUUGCACUCUGGUCUCUUUUUCAACAGUGCUGGGAUGUCACCCAUGCUUCAGGUAGGCAAACCACCAUGCCAUUAAUAUAUCUGGUUAACAAUGUGGUUAUGGGUUUCAAAUUCUUGUGUGUGAUUUUUUUGGUAACUGACUGUCAAGCAAAUCAUCUCCAUUAUGUUAAGUCAUCCCUCUUAACAUGAAACAACUUUGCAAUUUAUGUGGUGGUAUUUGUGUGCUUGCACUCAAUGGAUUUGUUGGUUUGCUUGUUUUGCAUAGAGUUUGAUGUGUCAAAUGUUACUCAUUACCAUUGUUUAGCUAUCGUCCUAUGUCUUCCCCACCUCUCACCUACCCACCAGUAUUUGACAAAAGUAGCUGAUCAGAGGUUCUUGUGCCCCCUCCCAGUCCCAACUCCUCCCAACAUACACGCACACAAACUUGACCAAGAGCUGGUGUGAUGACAGAUUAUGUGCUUUGUCAUGCUGGUUGUGUUUUUUCCUAUACUGGAUGCAUGUUUGUUACUUUUAGGCUCCUGUAACCCUGGUUGGCUGGCCACGGAGACAGGGAGUCCUCGUCUUAAUACUGUCGCUCUCCACAUUAAACUUACUGUUUGGGGUAUCUACUUUUACACUCAAUUUUUAUUCAUAAUCAAAGCUUGAAGCACAAUUCCAACAUUUUGUUACCUUAUUCAUUUGAUGUAGUGUUUGAAACAAAGACCUGAAAACAUCUUUCGUGCUUUACUCUAGGUUCCUGUGGAUUGAGCAUGAACGCAAGAUGUGGUCUGUGACCUCGAAAAAUAUACAUAGAUUGGUUACUUUAUUGAUUUUUAGACUUCAAUCACCAAGGUCCCUAUGAAAUUGCAGGGACAUUUUACACCCUUAUUAUAUACAAGCUAAACAUGUUCUCCAAGGGCACCAAGCGCAAGUUUUCUGAUGGUGGAGAAGAGAUAUCAGAAGAAACCCUUGUGGGCGCCAGGAUGGCAUCUUCUUACAGCUUGCAACGGCAGUCGCUGCUGGACAUGUCCCUCAUCAAGCUCCAGUUAUGCCACAUGCUGGUGGAGCCCAACCUCUGCCGCUCGGUUCUCAUUGCCAACACUGUCAGGCAGAUUCAGGAGGAGAUGACCCAUGAUGGCAGCUGGCAGGUGGUCACCGAAGCAUUCUGCAGUGCUGGCCAGAGCCCGUCUGAGCGCUUGGUUGCCACUGAGGUUCUCUGUCGGUCGCGGGAGCAGGAUGCAGAACCUAAGCUCUUUUCCGUCAUCAGUUACGAAGGUUGCAGAGAAGAGGAGGUGGUAGCAGACGAGACAUUGUGCUCUGUUUCAGUUAGCGACGCAGUUUCCAACGUGUGUUUGGCAGGAAGUAUAGGGCAGUGUUGGGAAAAGAGCGAUGUAGAGACGGACGAUGAGGCCCUUGAAGACUCUAGGCUAGGCUCAGGAGAAGACGAGGAGAUCGAUACAGAAGAUGAGCCUUCCAGGGAGGGUCCGAAGACUAUAGGACAAGUUUUUGGGACAUUUGAAAUAAAAAACAGUUCCCCGGGUCCUGACUCUGCACUUGAGGAGUUAUUCUCAGAUGUGGACACAUCCUACUAUGAUCUGGACACCAUGCUUACUGGCAUGCAGAGUGCACCCAAGAUGGGCCCUUAUGACCUGCUUGACAGCUUGGCACCUUCACAUGGUUCCUCUUCUAUAGUGUCUGCCCCAAACUGUCGUUCUGAUCUAAAUGAACUAGAUCACAUCAUGGAAAUCAUUGUGGGCUCUUAGGUUAAACCUUAUUCUGAGACUUACACAUCUGUCUUAAUGUUACUGACUUUUCAGUUCUGUAUGGAAAGCGAGUUAAAUAAAGCGAGUCCUUACAGUGUCAAGAGUUAAAGGAUGGCUUUGAUUUAACAAGCUGACCAUAGACCAUUUAUUUACAUACCCUUUGUAUGUUUUAAUGUUUCUUCUUCUGUAUGUGUCUGUCCAGACAUGCUAUUUUGUUUAAUUUAUUUGUUAUCCUCAUAACACUACGGAGUGCAGAACAAAAUGUAUACAGAAGUUGUAAAGCUUGGGAUAUUUUCAUAACGAGACAAAUGAUUGUCUAAAAUUUGUACAUAAAUAUAUAUAUAUUUUUACCAUAGAUUCUGCUUGAAAUAUUACUGUACAUUCUGUACAUGUUCUACAAAUUGAUUUUAAUGAAAGAGAUUAGAUUCGUAUGUGCGACAACUCCGCAUUCUUCUGUUUAUCACAGUCCACAAACUGAAGGAACAUCAUUAAGUACUAGAUUAUAGUAAAGGCAGGUAAACUUAUGACACAUGUUUUAAAUUUACGUGCUCAUUUGCACAGUAUUUUUUUUCCUCUCAUGAUUUAAUUGCAGUGAGCUGUCAAUCGGCUCAGCCAUAAGUUUUGUUUGUUGUUAGACAUCAAAGUUCUUAUAUUUGUCCUAUCAACAAAUGAAAAAUAAUGGGCCAGCCCAUUCUAUAUUGUGACUUAAUUUAUUUAAUUUAUUUACAGUGAGUGUUGGCUGUGGUCAAACUCGGGGUGGCUUUUUUGUCUCUAGAGAAAUUAAUUGUCUUGGUUAACCAAGGCCUUUGCUCAUUCAAUUUGGAACAUGUUGGAAUUUGUCACAGAAUUAGGGUUUGAUCUGUUAAUUUGCAUCAAUUACUGGUUUGUGUUAACCAUUUUAUUACUGGCAGGUGGCUUAAGUAUAUCUCUAUUUUAGAUCUUUGGACCCCUCAUAAUAAGAACUGUUCUAUGCAUUGAGUGUAAAAACACACUUUCUAUGCAUUAAGUGUUCAACAAGCAUGUAGUACAGUAUUCUUUUUAUAUAUAAAAUGAGCCAUCAUGAGUUCUUAUUUUAUCCUUAAUUUUCCUUCCUAGGACAUACUGUAUAUUAUUUGGUUUUGUUUAAAAUUAACUUUGGCAUAAACUAUGUUUGUGCAAGCCAUACGUUUUUACACUUGGAUAAAUGUUUUCUUUUACAUUCUCACACUUAAAGUUCAAGAGGAGAAAUGUUUUAUUGUAUGAUCUUAAACUAGUAUAGAGUAUAAACAUUUUAUAUGAGCAUUGUAGCUUUUUUAACGUUUUUUAAUAAAAGGUACAACU